AUGUCCAUCACAAAUGAGAGUGCAAUAACAGAAUUCAUUCUCCUGGGGCUUACAGAUAGCCCCGAACUCCAGCCUCUCCUCUUUGUUCUGUUUCUGGGUGUGUACCUCGCCACCCUCUUAGGCAACCUGGGCCUGAUAUUAUUGAUCAGGCUGGACUCUCACCUUCACACGCCCAUGUACUUCUUCCUCACUAAUUUGGCCUUUGUAGACUUGUGCUACACCUCAAAUGCCACCCCUCAGAUGUUGAGUAAUUUCUUGUCAGAGAAGAAGACCAUCACCUUUGCUGGCUGCUUUACACAGUGUUACAUUUUCAUCGCACUUCUCCUCACUGAGUUUUACAUGCUGGCAGCAAUGGCCUAUGACCGCUAUGUGGCCAUAUGUAACCCUUUGCACUAUAGUAUGAAAAUGUCCAGGCGCGUCUGCAUCUGCUUGGCCACAUUUCCUUAUGUCUACGGCUUCUCAGAUGGGCUUUUGCAGGCCAUCCUGACCUUCCGCUUGAGCUUCUGUAGAUCCAAUGUCAUCAACCACUUCUACUGUGCUGACCCACCACUCAUUAAGCUUGCUUGCUCGGAUACUUAUGUCAAAGAGCAUGCCAUGCUCAUAUCAGCUGGCUUCAACCUCUCCAACUCCCUCAGCAUCAUCCUAGUGUCCUACGCCUUCAUUAUUGCUGCCAUCCUCCGGAUCAGAUCAGCAGAGGGAAGGCACAAGGCAUUCUCCACCUGUGGUUCCCACAUGAUGGCUGUGACCCUGUUUUAUGGGACACUCUUCUGCAUGUAUGUAAGACCACCUACAGACAAGACUGUCGAGGAAUCCAAAAUCAUAGCUGUCUUCUACACCUUUGUAAGUCCGCUGCUUAAUCCACUGAUAUACAGUCUACGGAACAAAGAUGUAAAGCAAGCCUUGAAGAAUGUCCUCACAAGGAAUUUGUUCUAUGAAUCCAUAAUUUGA